AUGAAUGAAAAUCAAAACGAUGAUGAUAAUAAAGGGACAAGAAGCAAUAAAAUACUAAGAGGAAGUUUAUUAGAUGAUCAAUUUAACGAAAGUAAUUCAAAUAAAUUAUUUUUGUGUAAUGAAAAAUAUGAUGAUGAAACAGAAGAAUUUUAUUCAAGAAAAAAAAUUAACGCUGAAAAGCCAAAUAUUGACAGAAGCUUAAUAAAUAAUUUUUCUACAGAAAAAUAUAGAGAAUUUUUAGUUAAAAUUGAAAAGUCCAACCAAGAUUUAAACAAUAUGGAUUCAGAAAGUGUAAGAAUUGAUAAGGAUAUGCUUAAUCCUCCAGACGAUAAUAAUGAAAAAACUUGUGUUGUCAUGGAUGUAUCAAUGGGAAUAUUUGAUGUGUGCAAUGAAAAUUUAUGUGAUAGCAAGCUUAAAGAUAUGAAUAUUACAGUAUCUGAAGUUAUAGAUAAAGAAUCCGUUGAAAAAUGCGAAAAAGAUUUAAUUCAAGAAAUUUGA